GACAUACACCACCAAGCCAGAGACAUACACCACCAGGCCUGAGACAUACACCACCAAGCCUGAGAUCUACACCACAAAGCCUGAGAUCUACACCACAAAGCCUGAGACUUACACCACAACAUACAAAACACCAAGGAAGGUAACAACUCCUGGUACAACUACACACACAGAGACCUACACCACAAAGCCUGAGGUUUAUACAACCAAGCCUGAGACAUACACCACAUCAGAGGAGUACACCACUAAGCCUGAGAUUUACACCACAACACCAGAGGUCUACACAACCAACCCAGAGACAACUCCUGAGAUUAUGAGAACCACCACACCAAAGAUCAUCUACACAUCUUCAAAGACAACACCAGCUGUUACAACUGAGUGCCCAGACGACAUGUACGACCCUUGUGCCUUCAGCUGUUACGACAUGUGCCACAGCAUGCGCCAGUCUGUGACUGAGUGUAAGUAUGGCCACGACGAGACUUGUGUUCCUCAGUGUGGAUACCACAGAAAAUGUCCCAAGGGCUACUGUCUCAUCUCCUCCAAUGAAUGUGUCCGAGAAGUGGACUGUGAUUGCCGUCUGGAGAAUGGAACAGUUGUCCAGCCCAACACAAAAUGGAUGGAGGGCAAGUGUAUGCAGUGCUCUUGUGAAUCAAACAAAAUGGUAUGCAGAGACAUCUGUCAAGUGACCACCACACCUGCAACUGAACCAACCACCACUACUGUUACAACAACCACACUGGCUACCACCACCACCACCAGAACUACACGGCCACCUCAUGAAGACAAGUGUUUCUGUUAUGGCUAUGGCAAGUGUGGUCACUUUAUUAGCUAUGACAGCUGUCACUACAACUUUGAUGGAAGGUGUACCUACGUCCUGACAAGGGAUAUGGGGAAACAGGAGUUUGAAGUGAUGACAGUCCUUGAUGAAUGUGGCUUCCCUGGAACCACAUGUCCAGUGGCUCUGAUCGUACGCUACAGGGACUGCGAGAUCAAGAUGGAGGCUGGUUACAAGGUAUUGUCAAAUGGCAAAUACCACGACGUCACCUCUACAUGUCCAUUUGUAUACAACGGCAUUGUGGUGGAGAGGGUUGGCUUCCAGCUGGUGGCCACAGUAAAGGCAGUUGGCCUGGAGGCUAAAUAUGACUGCGUCAACAAAGCCUUCAAUGUUCUCAUCUCCAACUUCUACAUUGGCAAGACAGAGGGAUUGUGCGGUAUUUGUAAUCAAGACAAGUCAGAUGACUUCACCCUACGAGAUGGAAGUGUCACAAAGAAUGUUGUAACAUUUGGACGGGACUGGCUGGUUGAGAGGAAGUCCAUCGCCUGUAAUGAAAUCAAGCCUGUCACACCAUGUCCUCCACGUGAUGAGUCCAUCUGCAACAUCCUCUGGACUAAUGCAUUUGCACCUUGCCACAACGUUGUUGAUGUGAUGAAGUACUACGAUGCCUGUCUGUACGAUGAGUGCUAUGCUAACAACACCUGCAGUGUGCUGGCAGCUUAUGCUGAAGAGUGCCGUAGCUGUGGAGUUGUCUUGUCUUGGAGGACCAAGAAGUUCUGUCCAUUGGAUUGUGAGAAGGGAAAAACCUUCAAUCCUACUGGAAGUGCUUGUCCUCUGACAUGCUCCAAUAAGGACUACCAUCGUUUCAUGACUUGUUCACGCCAAAACAUAGAAACAUGUGAAUGCAAAGAGGGAUACAUGUUGCAGGAUGAUCAGUGUGUGAGGGAAUGUGAGGUUACUACAACACCACAAAUCACCACAACAGUCACACCUACCACACCACCCAAGGAAUGCUUCUGCUUCGGGUAUGGUGAAUGUCACUUCAGCACCUUUGACAGUCGCUCAUACAAGUACUGCGGACGCUGCACACAUCUGCUGUCUCGUCACAAUGCCAAGAACCCUGACUAUGAGGUCUACAUCAGCAAUGAGGCUUGUCCAAAUAACCCAAGCUACACCUGCACCAGGUCUGUGAAGGUACUCUGUGGGAAGACGCAGGUGGAACUCAUGGCAGGAUUCAAGGUUAUCAUUGAUGGCUCUGCCCGGCUGGUGCCUAGAGGAGUCACUAUCCCUAUCAACAAUGGAGCCAUGACUGUGCGCUGUGUUGGUCUUCGCCUGAUCUUGAACUAUGAACGCUAUGGUCUGGAGGUGCAGUACGACGACUCUUGCCAUGGAUUCAGUGUAACAGUUCCCAACGACCGAUAUGGCUCCAACACUGAGGGUCUUUGUGGUGUCUGCAAUGGACAGUACAAGGUCACAGACUUCAACAAGUUUGGCCGAUCAUGGUUCAUUGAUGAUGGUGCUAAGCACUGCCAGACACUUCCUCCACCCGCACCAACCUGCUCACCAGUGGAGUCCUCUGUGUGCGACAUCCUGCAUUCUUCAGUAUUUGCACCUUGCCACUCAUACGUCAAUGUCAAGAACUUCCGCGAGGCCUGUGGAGAUGAUGUCUGCUCAGGAAAGGAGCUCUGUGACACCCUGACUGCUUAUGCUAAAGCAUGCCAACGCUGUGGCAUCUGCCUGUCCUGGAGAAGCGACAAACUCUGUCCAAUAACAUGCCCACCAACAUUCGUCUACGACCCAUGUGGUUCUGGAUGUCCUGAAACCUGUGAAAACACUGCCUAUUACCAGAAGAAGGUAACAGGACGCUGCAGCCAUCCAUGUGUAGAGGGCUGCCGCUGCCCAGAAGGAAAGGUUCUUGGUGCCGACCGUUGUGUGGAUCCGGCAGAGUGCAAGACAUGGACUACCAGGCCUGAGACGUACACCACAAAGCCAGAAACUUUCACCACCAGACCUGAGACAUACACCACCAAGCCUGAGACAUUCACCACCAGACCUGAAACAUACACCACCAGGCCUGAGACAUACACCACCAGGCCUGAGACAUACACCACCAAGCCUGAGACCUACACCACCAGGCCUGAGACAUACACCACCAAGCCUGAGACAUACACAACUGUGGUUACAACAACUUACAAGACACCAAGAAAGGUUACAACUCCAGGUACAACUACACGCCCAGAGACCUACACCACCAGGCCUGAGACCUACACCACCAGGCCUGAGACCUACACCACCAGGCCUGAGACCUACACCACCAAACCUGAGACCUACACCACCAAGCCUGAGACCUACACUACCAAGCCUGAGACCUACACCACCAGGCCUGAGACCUACACCACCAGGCCUGAGACAUUUACAACAAGGCCGGAUGUCACUACAUCAAUGCCUGAAACAUACACUACUGUUACAACUGAAUGUGCAAAGAAGGUGUAUGGAUGUUCCUUCCGUUGUGAGGAAACCUGCCACUGCUACAGGUACAAGAUCACUCAGUGCCAGAGUGGUGACAGGAGUUCAUGUGUGCCCACCUGUGGUGAGUGUCCCGCAUGUCCCAAAGGCUACAUCAGGAAGGACCUGUAUCACUGUGUCAAGCCCACAGAGUGUGACUGUAUCACAGAUGGAAACAUUGUUGUGCCGGCUGGCAAGACAGUUAAAGUUGGGCAGUGCCAGGUGUGCACAUGUUACCAAAACACAUUGACAUGUAGCAACAUGUGUACAACAUCAGCAACAACAGAGGCAACAGCAACAACAACAACCCGGGCAAUCACCACAGGGUACAAGACACCCAGAAAGGUUACAACACCUGUUCCAACACCAACUACAACCCAAUCAACAGUGACAACAGGAGUACCUACCACACGAUGCUAUGAGGAACAUGAGGUCUGCUCCUGGACCAGCUGGAUGGAUGCCUGCUACCCAACACCAGCUGUCAGUGGUGACGAUGAGUCUUUCACUAGCCUCCGUCGCCAUGGCUUUAAGAUUGGUGGGGCAAACCAGAAGAUCAGCAGGAUCCAAUGUCGCACUGUGGGAACACAUAUUGACUACUCAAAGACAGGCCAGAAUGUUGUGGCUAACUGUGAGGUUGGCUGUGUCUGUACUCAUGCCACUGGUCCCAGCAAGUUCCAGAUGAUGAUGAGAGGAAUCAGCCCCUACUGUUACAACUAUGAAGUUCGUCUGCUGUGCUGCAAUGCUAAUGUUGCCAUAUGCUCCAAAACAACUACUCCAAGUGCAACCACGCCAGAGAAGACCUACCCUGAGACCACUAUGCCUGAGGUUACUGAACCAGAGAAGACCUACUCUGGAACUACCAAGCCUGAGGUUACUGAGCCAGAGAAGACCUACUCUGGAACUACCAAGCCCACAAGAAAGGUGACCACUCCAACUGUGAUUGAAACCACACAGAAGACCUACCCUGAGACCACCAGGCCUGAGGUUACUGAGCCAGAGAAGACCUACCCCGAGACCACCAGGCCUGAGGUUACUGAGCCAGAGAAGACCUACCCUGAGACCACCAGGCCUGAGGUUAUUGAGCCAGAGAGGACCUACCCAGAGACAACUAAACCUGUGUGGACUACAGUUCCAGAAACAACCAAGCCUUGGUAUACUACCGUACUCACAACUGCAUGUGACAGGAAGGUCUAUGGCUGCUCAUUCCGAUGUGAGGAAACCUGUCAUUGCUACAGGUUUAAGAUCACACAGUGUAUGUACGGUGACAGAAGCACCUGUGUGCCUACAUGUGGUGAAUGUCCACCAUGUCCCAAGGGAUACAUCCGUAAGGACCGUGACCACUGUGUCAAACCAACCGAAUGCCCAUGUGUUACAGCAGAUGGAACUGUCAUUCCGCCUGGUGAAAAGAAGCAGAUUGAUGAAUGCCAUAUCUGCGACUGUUACAACAACCAACUGAGAUGUGAGAACUUCUGCACUACCACAACUCCAGUUGUUGUAAGUACGACUGCUGUAGUUGUUACUACCCAACCAGAAGUCACAACAACAGCAACAACUUGGACUACGGCUGAGACCACCAAGCCAGAGACUGAUACAACAACAUACAAAACACCCAGGAAGGUUACAACUCCCUCUUCUACAACAACUCCAGAGACGUACACCACCAGGCCAGAGAAGACUUAUCCUGAGACCACAAGGCCAGAGCAGACCAACCCUGAGACCACAAGGCCAGAGCAGACCAACCCUGAGACCACAAGGCCAGAGCAGACCAACCCUGAGACAACCAGGCCAGAGAGGACCUAUCCUGAGACCACUAGGCCAGAGGUUACUGAGCCAGAGAAGACCUAUCCAGCCCACAAGAAAGCUGAGUGUGCCAAGAGGGUGUAUGGCUGCUCCUUCAAAUGCGAGGAGACCUGCCACUGCUACAGGUUCAAGAUCACCCAGUGUGUGUUUGGUGAUGCUUCUUCAUGCGUCCCUACAUGUGGCGAGUGUCCACCUUGUCCCAAGGGCUAUGUUCGUGUGGACAGGAAUCGCUGUGUGAAGCCAACAGACUGUCCAUGUAUAACAGCAGAUGGUGUUAUUGUUCCGCCAGGAACAACAAAGAAGAUUGAUGAGUGCAGAGUAUGUGAGUGCUACAACAAUGUCCUCAGUUGCCGCGACAUGUGCACAAAGCCCGAGAUCACCACAACUGUGGCAACACCAGAGACCACUGCUGCUGCGGAGUGUGUAAAGAAGGUGUACGGCUGCUCCUUCAAGUGUGAUGAGACCUGCCACUGCUACAGGUACAAGAUCACCCAGUGUGCGUACGGUGAUCCUAAUGCCUGUGUGCCCACAUGUGGAGAAUGUCCACGCUGCCCUCCAGGCUAUAUCAGAAAGGACCUGUACACCUGCAUCAAGCCCACACAAUGUGCCUGUAUCACAGCUGGUGGAGUGGUUGUUCCUGCUGGUACAACAAAGAAGGUUGAUGAAUGCAAUGAGUGCACAUGCUACAACAACGAGUUGGUUUGUACAAAUCAUUGCACAACUUCAGAAACUACCACCACAGGUGUAACGACAAAGAAAACUGCUGGCACUACAACUGUAACAACAACAACAACCCCUGAAAAGACCAUCCUGGAAACUACUAAACCUGAACGAACAACAACAGGCACAACCCAGGGGAUGACCACUAGGCCAGAGGUCACUGAACCAGAGAGGACCUACCCAGAAACAACCAGGCCAGAGAAGACCUACCCUGAGACCACCAAGCCUCAAUGGACUACAACACCAACAUACACUUCAGUCACAACUGAGUGUGUAAAGAAGGUGUAUGGCUGCUCCUUCAAGUGCCACGAGACCUGUCACUGCUACCGUCACAAGAUAACCCAGUGUGACAGAGAUGAUCCUAAUGCAUGCGUGCCCACGUGUGGAAGGUGUCCAUCUUGCCCACCAGGCUACAUCAGGAAGGAUCUAUACACAUGCGUGAAGCCAACAGACUGUGAUUGCAUUACUGAAGAUGGUGUCGUUGUUCCUGCUGGAGAGGUCAAGGUGAUCAACGAGUGUAAGGAGUGUAGAUGCUACAACAACAGGCUGGUGUGCACAGACAAAUGUACCACCACAACAACUGUAAGCACUGUUACCAGUACUCUCCCAGAGACUACAGUAACAACUGUUAGGUCCACAACAACACCAGCAAGAACGUAUCCGGAGGUUACUACAAAACCAGAGCGGAAGGUCACUACUGAAGAAAUUAAAUCCACAAUUUUCAUUCUAAAACACUUCAGUAACAACAAUGACAACUGUUACAUCAACUGUACCAGAGAAGACCUACCCUGA